AUGGCACCCAACAAGGUUGGGCUGAGCCUUGUGGAUAGGCUGCGCGCCUUCCAGAGAAGCAAUCAGGCAAACAAACGAUGCGCGGACUGUCCCGAGCGUGGACCCACGUACGUUUGUUUGGAUUUCAUGGUAUUCGUCUGCCAGACUUGCUGUGGUCUUCACCGGGAGUUCGGCCACAAGAUCAAAAGCAUUUCCUUCUCGGAGUGGAGCGAGGCUGAGGUGGCCAAGCUGGAGGAGGGCGGGAAUGAAGCAGCCCGCACAAAGUGGCUUGACAGGUGGCAUGCCGAAGCCUUCCCGGAACCAGAUGGCGGCGAUGUGGAAGCAUUGCGAGAGUUCAUCAGAUUAAAAUACGUAGAGAAGAAAUGGUUUCGACCUCACGGCAAAGCGCAGACUUCAGAGACCAUCAAGGCAGCUGGGCCUGAGACGCCUGCUGCAACGGUUGGCUAUGAAGCUGCUGCGCCGCCUUCCGCACCUUCGCAGACCGUAGACCUUCUUUCGGGGGGAGAUCCCGAUCCAACACCAGCAAAGGCACCCGCUUCGGUUGCCAAAGCAGAGGUCUCAGAUCUCCUGGGCGGCCUAGAUCUGGGGCAGAGCGAGGAGCAGCCGUGGACAGCGGAUUUCAGCAACGUGUCCAACUUGGCACCAAAGGCGCCCGUGGACCUUGGAGCGGGAGCUGGGCUGAUAGAUUUGGACUUCGGCUCCUCGCCUCCAAAAGCGGCAGCCGCAGUUCCAGAGUCAGAUGCUGGCUUGGUCGGAGCUCGAAGACCUCGUCUUGAACCACCCCGUCGCAAGCCCUUCUUAGGUCCGCAGGGGGAGACUCUACGGGCCGUAUGCAGCGCAAUCCUCGUGGUGGAGCUGGCAGAAAGGCUUUGCUACUAUGCGCUGGCUGGCAGUCAAGAAUUCUUCCUCGAGCAAUUGGGCUACAGCGCUCAGGAGAGUGCUGGCUUGAACUCUGCUUUCACGACCUUGUGCUACGUUUGGCCCUUGCUUGGCGGCUACGUCGCUGAUGCCUACUUGGGCCGGUACCAUACCAUUAUCGCUUUCACGGUGUUCUACCUAGUUGGAGUGCUUCUUUGUGCGACCGCCGCCAUUCCCAGCAACAGAGAUGUUACGAACUACUUGGUCGGUUCCAUGGGUUUCCUCGCUUUGGGUACAGGAGGCAUCAAGCCCAACAUCUCCAACUUCGGUGCCGACCAGUUUGACUCACGAAGUCCUGAAGGGCGGAAGGCUAGGGAAGAGUUCUACACCCAGUUCUACACGGCAAUCAAUCUUGGGGCUCUCCUAUCCUAUGGCUUUCUGACGACCCUUUGCUCCAGUGGCUUUCCGGGGGUCGUGCCGCCAGAAAUGGGAUAUUGCACAGCUUACUUCUUGGCUUUCCUCGCGAUGCUCGUGGCUUUGCUGGUCUUCCUUUGCUACAGUGGCCAUUACAGGUGCCUUGUUCGACGAAACAGUGGCGGUGAUGCAAUUCGCGGAGUGUUCUUACACGUCGUGUCAGCUACAUCUCACGGCUCUUUACGUGCUCUCAUGAUCUGUGUGGGAUUUCCUCUGCUCUUGCUGGGUCUGCUCCUCACAGUCGUCAUCGCUUUGCUCCCCGGACCCGGCAUCGGCAUAGGUGUCCUUGGCGCCGUCGCCGUGCUGGCAGGUUUGGUGCUGGCCACGAUCGGUUGCCAAGGCAACUUGUCGUGGGUCCAUGAACGAGCACAGCGGAACAGCCAUGUCACAAGACAGCAAACGGCAGACUUCCUGCGGGUGAUGCCAACAUUGGCUGCUGUGAAUCUGGCUUUCAACAGCCUCUACAAUUGCAUGACCUAUUGGUUCCAGGAGCAAGCUUGCUUGAUGGAUGUCCGCCUCGGCAAGUUUCAGCUAAAUGGGUCCUUCUUCAACGUGGCCGACUGCAUAGCAAUAGUGCUGCUGACACCUGUGUUGCUGCAGUACAUCAACCCAACACUGGAAAGGUUCUGUGGUGUUGGCCGACAUGGGCGCCUGCUGCUGGGAAUUGCUCUUGCCGCCGGAUCGGUGGCUUCGGCCGCGCAUCUCGAGGUCAUGCGCCGCCACGCUCGCCCGCUCCAGGAGGCCUCCCAAUGCGCACCGCCUGGGAGAAUGAUGAGCAGUUUGUCGGCGUGGUGGAUGGUUGGCCCCUAUGCUCUAAUGGGUGCUGCAGAGGUUCUGGUGAAUCCCUCGCUCUACUACCUGGCAUAUUCCCAGACGCCGCUGAGGUUAAGAUCGAGCGCUCAAGCCAUGAACCUCCUGAUGAGCGCGACCUCCAACGCUCUCUUCACUGUACUGACAGCCAUCCUUGGCGACACCCGGCUGCGGAGGGCGCAGCUCGAGGUCGGGUACUAUGUUUCACUGUUAAUGGCCAUUCCUUGUGUUUGCUGGUACGUUUUGGUCCAGUGCAGCUGGGAAGAACGCUUUUUCGAUGAGACAGACAGCGAUUUGGGCGAGGUGCCUGCUGGGGGACAGUUGAACAAAGGCGUGGCCUAUCAACGUACAGGUAUGUUGCGAGAUUUCGUGUCACCACAAAGCCCGGGUGGCAGUCCCGCAAACUGGGUCGACAACAGUCCCUUGUCCAGCGGCGCGAGUGCUUUUCAAUCGGCAAUCGAUGACGGUCGCGAGGAUGAGUCUUCCUGUGCUUUUGUCCUUGUGUCAGAAGAGCCCAUCCCGCGCUGA